GGUGGAAGCUUCCUGUGUUAAAGUCUGAGCUCUGAUUGGCUCUCCUCCCCUGCCAGGUUCUAAGUGUGGCGUUCCUCAGGUGUUCAGCUCCACGCUUCUGAGGGUCGUUGGAGGAACCGAAGCCUCGUAUGGAUCCCACCCCUGGCUGGUCGGUUUCUCUGCAGAACAAAGGUUCUCAUUUCUGUGGAGGCUCCAUCCUGACAGAGCGCUGGAUCCUCACAGCCGCUCACUGCUUCACAUCUCUAUCACAAGAGUUUCUCAGCGGCAUCAGAGUCGUGGUCGGAGAGUUUGAUCGGAGGAAACAGGACGAAGACGAGCAGAUCUUCCUCGUCAAGUCGGUGUCGGUCCACGAGAAGUUCAGCCACAUUCUACCAAUGCAGUUCGACAUCGCUCUGCUGCAGCUGGAUGGAAGCAUUAGCAUGGGCAGUCGUGUCCAACCGAUCUGUUUACCUUUACCUGACGAGACCAUCCAGACCAGCUGCUCUGUGGGAGGAUGGGGGAGGACCAAGGAAAGAGGUCGUCUUCCAGCGGUGCUCAGGGAGGUCCAGCUGGAUUUGGUGGAUCCGGCUAAAUGUAAAUUUGUCCUCCAGACUGUGAAAAGUUCAGCUCUGAACCAGAAACUAGUCCGAUCCCAACCGGCCAUGACAGUCCUGUGUGCCGGACCAGAGCGAGGAGGGAAAGACGCCUGUCAGGGAGACUCUGGAGGACCUCUGGUCUGUCCUGCCGGGUCUGGAUCGGGUCGCUGGGUGGUUCUGGGCGUCACCUCCUGGGGUAAAGGCUGUGGACGGAGCUGGGACAAUGUCAGCCGUCCCCCCUCCAGGAGAGGAUCUCCGGUUUUCACCGACGUCCGGCUGCUGCUGCCCUGGAUCAAGAUGAAGCUGAGGAACGCUGAACAACAGCAGCAGGAAGUGUGUGUGUGUGUGUGUGUGUGUGUGUGUGUGUCAGGGCUGUGCAGUGUGAUUGAUGGCUCUGUGUCCGAGAGAGAGGGGCUGAUCAGAAACCCCGCCCACACCGCCGGUCGCUACGACAACAACCAGUUGUGUUUGUGGCGUCUCAGCGUCCCUCCAGGUUUCAGUAUUCUGCUAGAGUUCCAUCGUUUCGACCUGGAGAACGAUUCUUAUUGUCAGUUUGAUCGACUCACUGUGUUGACAGCAACCAGCAGACCUGUAGGUAUUUUCUGCGGCAGCGUCACACCUGGUCCGCUGCUGCUCAACAACUCCCAGAAUGCAACGCUGCUCUUCUCCUCUGACAUCAGUGGAUCAGGAAGUGGAUUUAUAGUGAAGCACCGCGCUGUCAGAGGAAACACUGCACCUGGUUGUGGGUCGGUGGUUCUGGUGGAGGAUGAGGUCGCCGUUCAAAGCCCAAAUUACCCACAAUCCUACAGUGACGGCUGCGUCCUCCGCUGGGUGGUGUACGCUCCUCAGGGCCACGUUGUCAAGCUGGACUUCACAGACUUUGACCUGGAGGAAUCGGACAGAUGUUUGUUUGAUUCCCUCGCUGUGUUUGGAGACGUUGCAGGAACAGAGGAGAUCGCCUUGCUGUGCGGCAGCAGCGUCCCUCCUCCUGUCCUCUCCUACAGCAGCAUCCUGGUCCUUCACUUCAGCUCCGACAGCAGCGUCACCCACCGAGGCUUCAGGGCAGUGCUGACCUUUGUCAGCCAUACAGAUCUACAUGAUCCGGACAGAGCAGAUGUGGAAGAGCAUCCAGAUGUUUUCACAGUUAACCAGCGACACACAGCGUCUCACGAGUUCUUCAUCUUCACAACCAGAACCUCUGAGACUCGAUGCUCUGCUGAGGUUUAUUCCCUCCACUGCUCCUCUUCUUCUAGAGGCCACGCCCACUCAGGUGACCUGGAGGUCACGCCCACUCAGGUGACCCUGGAGGCCACGCCCACUCAGUUUUUCAGACGUCCAGCAGCAGAUCCUGGAAAACCUCUGAGGAUCCUGGAGACGAAGAAGAAGAAGAAGAAGAAGAAGAAGCUUCAGGGUGGACACAGUGAGCUGCUGAAGUUUGAACCUGAGGAGGCACAAAUGUGGACUUUCAGUGUGGAUCCACUUAUUUUCUGA